CAUCCCACGACGCUUGUCACUAACCCCCAUGAUGGCCGCGACGACCUCCCAGCCGGACAUAUUAGCCCUCGGCGACAGAUUGACAGAGCUAGAGAAGGACAUCCGAGCGAAUGACUCGCCGGAACAGUGGCAAGAAGCGGAGAAGGCUGCGCAGGUUGUGGCGAACGGUUUGAGGACGCGUACUUCUGCGGACUACCACACGGCUCUGGGAAAGACGGCACUUCCAAGGUCACUGGCCUCGCUGCUCAACCUCGCCCUUCGCGGCGCCGCUACCCCCGAACUGGAUCGCAUUACACCUAUCGUAGAACUGCUCAGAGUAACAGCGAACAUAUGCAUGGACCACGAUGAGAAUCGCAACCACAUUUACGAAGCCGGCCUCCUCCAAGCCGUGCUCACCCUCCUCGAAGGCUACGCCGAAUCCCUUCCAAAGCCCCCAUAUACCAAGGCGUACGCGAUCCCCAUUCCUCACCUCAAGGUCAUACGCACGGCCGUCGGCGCGCUGCUGAAUGCCAGCCUGGGCUACGAACCUGUGCAGACACGCCUGCGCUCUCUGCAAGCGCACAUGACGCUUGUGAAGCUCGCCAUAGCGAUAUAUCCGCCUGGAUCGUGGCUGGACGAUGCGAGCGAGAGCGGCAAGGCGCUCGAGGAGUCCUGGGAACUUCGAAGCAGUCUCUCAAACUGGGCAUGGAGGACUGUAUCGGAGCUGAAGGAGCAGGGGGAAGAUACCAUCCAGAUCUUCGACAGCGAUGCACUUCCCUUCAUCACACCCACCCUCACGCGCUUCCUCGCACCCUAUGCCAACCUCCCGCCCAACCUCGCCUUCCCCCAAGGCUCUGACAUGUUCGACAAGCUCGUAGAGGCUGACUUCGAAAUUCUCGACGACUGCUGCGAGGUACUGGAGUCCCUGUGCCUCGAUGUUGAGGACGUCAGGCUAUCCCUCGCACGCGGCUACUAUGAUCCCGAUGGCGAGCACCUCGGCGUCCCCUGCCUUUCACAUAUGCUCGACUUUGUUGAACAUGGCGGCUACCCCCCUGUCUGGCGGACCGUAUUUGACGACGGGGAUCGGCGUACCAAGGAGAAGGCAUUCGACGUUUGCAAGUCCGCAAUCGUGAAGGCCAUCGUGGAGAUGUCGGGCGAGGAGCGGAAUGAGCCGAUCUUAUUUGCGUCAAUAGGCUCGGGCGGGCCCUACGUCGAGCGCAUGGUCGGGUGGAUCAAGGCGUUUGUGAAGAGUGCGGAUGAGGCGUCGUCGAGUGAUUCGUUACCGCGGGAUGACCUAGUGAUUUGUGCCACUUUGUCUUUAGGCAACCUGGCUCGGCGAGAGCUUGAAGCCGUCACUCUGCUCAGCCCUCCCCAUUCGCUUGCACCCGUAUUGGCUUCUCGACACAUCAUCUCCCCUACCACCGAUCUCAAGCUCAAGCAUGGCGUACUCGGUCUGCUGAAGCACCUCGCACAAAGCUCGCCUUCACCUGUCGUUCACACUCCGUUGGCGGAGGCACGGUUGGUGCAAUGUAUUGUCGACAGUGGGCUCUUCGAGGAGAAGGGGGACCAAAUGACGGAGGUCGUUCAACUCAACGCGAUCGGUGUCGUCAAGCAUAUGUGCAAUGCCAACGUCGACAACUCCUUCACACUUGUCUUGCCCGACCCUGCUGCCUCAUCCUCGCGACCGACUGGGCUCUCACAAAUCCUGGGUCUCGUCAAGCGAACAGAGAACAUCGCCAUCCGCAGCGAGGGUACUCGCGUCCUGGUCAACGUCAUCAAGUCGCUGUUCUCUAACGCUCCACCGACAAGUCCGACCACGGUUCUGCCAUCGCCAGUUACGCAGGCAGCGUCGAAUCACGAGGCAGCCAUCGAGAAGCAGCAGAAGAAGGAGGAGACCAUCAAGGCGCUAUUGAACAAGGACUGCACGUCUGCGCUAGCCAACCUGAUCACGCGUGGAGCCAAGUUUCCAUUGUUGAUCAACGAGGGCGUCGUCGCGCUCAGUCUUCUGGCCAUGCAUAAGGAAGGCGCUCCGCUCGUGCUCGAAUCCCUCCUCACCCAGAUAACAGUAGACGCACCGCCGUUGCCGAGUAUUGUUGAGCCCUCUCUCAGCAACUCGCCCUCGACCAGCAGCGACCUUAGCUCCGCCAUCGUCACCCCACAAUCGACCACUGGCCCCCGAGGACGCAGCUCCCAGCGCAGCGCCCUCCAAACCCUUGCCGCCGCGCUUCGCAACCUCGAUAACCCGACGAACUACCCCGUCGAGGUGCGCGUGAACGUGUGCUCGCUGCUCUUGCAGAUAUCGCGCAAGGGCGCGGGCGAGGAGCUGGGAAAGGUGAAGGAGGUGAUGCGCCCGGUGCUGGAGAGCGUGGCGGAGAGUGUGCGCAGUGCGGCGGGGAAGGACGAGUUGCUACUCAAGGCGACGCGGAAGGUGCUGGAGUUGUGGGCGACUGCGUAGAGAAGAGAAGAGUAGGAAGGAAUGCAAUGUACACGAUAUCUCGCGACUGCUGUGCGUGAUUUUCUGACUUUGGUGACACUGGAGCUGAUCAUCUUACUGUUGUAGACAUGUAAUUAUUAUAAGGGCCGAUUGACGAGUUUCUAUGA